AACUAUAUUCAUUUAAUUCCAAAAGGAUAAUAUUAUUGAAUUUAUUAAACAAUUCGAUAACUUGGAUUCAAUUUUAAUGAAAAUCCUAUAACUGUUACUUUGUAAAGAGAAAGGAAGUGCUCUUUUUGAAAAUUGAUGUUCGUACAUUUAUAGAAUUCAUUAAGAGGAACGAAUAAAUAAGCCAAAUGAAAAUAAUUGAGAUAUGUGUCAAGGAAAUUGAGAAUAAUUGCACAUCACAAUUCUAUUUAAGUGUUUUCGCAAUUUAUAAAGAUUAGAAAUAUUCAGAAGUAAAUGUGCACUUUUGAGUCUUUGGAAACUGCAUAAUUAAUAAUUAGCAUUUAGACAUAAGAAAU